UGGAGUCGGGGAGGGAGGAGGACAGCGCCAUUCCGGCCGGCCGCUCCCUCCGUCCCCUCGCGCCAGUCCCCGCAGUGGCCCGCGAGCCGGCGGCGAAGGAGCGCGCGAACGCGUGACGCGGCCCCGCCGGCCCGCGCCCUCCUCCCGCGCCCGGGCGUCCGCCGCCUGCUCAUGGCCUGGGCCGCGGCAGCCGAGCCGCGCUGAGGCGAGUCGCGCGGAGACGUGGGGCCGCCGCCGUGGCCCUCGCAGUGGGCGCCUCGCCGCCUGCCCGCGGUGCCGGCGCACGCCGACCGCCAUCGUCUUCGCGCCUGGCUGGCGGGGGCGCUGUCCUCCCCGGCGGUCCGCGCCGCUCCCUGGAGCUCGGCGGAGCGCGGCAGGCAGGGCUGGCGGGGGCGCGAGGAGCCGGACGCCGUCGCCGCGGGGGCCAUGACCGUGGAGCAGAACGUGCUGCAGCAGAGCGCGGCGCAGAAGCAUCAGCAGACAUUUCUGAAUCAGCUGAGAGAAAUUACUGGGAUUAAUGACACUCAGAUACUACAGCAAGCCUUGAAGGAUAGUAAUGGAAACUUGGAAUUAGCAGUGGCUUUCCUUACUUCGAAGAAUGCCAAGACCCCUCAGCAGGAGGAGACUACUUACUAUCAAACAGCACUGCCUGGCAAUGACAGAUACAUCAGUGUGGGAAGCCAAGCAGAUACAAGAAAAAAACAGUAUAUGCACACCAGAACAAGAUGCACUACAAUUGAGCAAUCAAAAUUUGGAUCAAAGGAUAAGAGGGAUUUAGAUGUGAUUGAUCUUACUGGAGAUGAUAAAGAUGAUCUUCAGAGAGCAAUUGCCUUGAGUUUGGCGGAAUCAAACAGGGCAUUCAGGGAGACUGGGAUAACUGAUGAGGAGCAAGCCAUUAGCAGAGUUCUUGAAGCCAGUAUAGCAGAAAACAAAGCAUGUUUGAAGAGGACACCUACUGAAGUUUGGAGAGAUUCUCGAAACCCUUAUGAUAGAAAAAGGCAAGACAAAGCUCCCGUUGGAUUAAAGAAUGUUGGCAAUACUUGUUGGUUUAGUGCAGUUAUUCAGUCAUUAUUCAAUCUUUUGGAAUUUAGAAGAUUAGUUCUGAAUUACAAGCCUCCAUCAAAUGCCCAAGAUUUACCCCGCAACCAAAAGGAACAUCGGAAUUUGCCUUUUAUGCGAGAGCUGAGGUAUCUAUUUGCACUUCUUGUUGGUACCAAAAGGAAAUAUGUUGAUCCAUCAAGAGCAGUUGAAAUUCUUAAGGAUGCCUUCAAAUCAAAUGACUCACAGCAGCAAGACGUGAGUGAGUUUACACAUAAAUUAUUGGAUUGGUUAGAAGAUGCCUUUCAAAUGAAAGCUGAAGAGGAGACUGAUGAAGAGAAGCCAAAGAACCCCAUGGUAGAGUUGUUCUAUGGAAGAUUUCUAGCUGUGGGUGUACUUGAAGGUAAAAAAUUUGAAAACACUGAAAUGUUUGGUCAGUAUCCACUUCAGGUCAAUGGGUUCAAAGAUCUGCAUGAGUGCCUAGAAGCUGCAAUGAUUGAAGGAGAAAUUGAGUCUUUACACUCAGAGAACUCAGGAAAAUCAGGCCAAGAGCAUUGGUUUACUGAACUACCACCUGUGUUAACAUUUGAAUUGUCAAGAUUUGAAUUUAACCAGGCCUUGGGAAGACCAGAAAAAAUUCACAACAAAUUAGAGUUUCCCCAAGUUUUAUAUCUGGACAGAUACAUGCACAGAAACAGAGAAAUAACAAGAAUUAAGAGAGACGAGAUCAAGAGACUUAAAGAUUAUCUUACAGUAUUACAGCAAAGAUUAGAAAGAUAUUUAAGCUAUGGUUCAGGUCCCAAGCGAUUCCCGUUGGUAGAUGUUCUACAGUAUGCUUUGGAAUUUGCUUCAAGUAAGCCUGUUUGCACCUCUCCAGUUGAUGAUAUUGAUGCUACUUCCCCACCCAGUGGUUCUGUACCAGCACAGACAUUACCAAGCACAGCAGAGCCACAGGGAGCCCCUUCUUCAGAACUGCCAAGCACAUCACCUGCAUCAGUUGCUGCCAUUUCGUCAAGAUCAGUGAUACACAAACCAUUCACCCAGUCUCGGAUACCUCCAGAUUUGCCCAUGCAUCCAGCUCCAAGGCACAUAACAGAAGAAGAACUUUCUGUACUAGAAAGCUGUUUACAUCGUUGGAGGACAGAAAUAGAAAAUGACACCAGAGAUUUGCAGGAAAGCAUAUCCAGAAUCCAUCGAACGAUUGAACUAAUGUACUCUGACAAGUCUAUGAUCCAAGUUCCUUAUCGCUUACAUGCUGUUUUGGUUCACGAAGGCCAAGCUAAUGCUGGGCACUACUGGGCUUACAUUUUUGAUCAUCGUGAAAACAGGUGGAUGAAGUAUAAUGAUAUUGCUGUGACAAAGUCAUCAUGGGAAGAGUUAGUGAGGGACUCUUUUGGUGGCUAUAGAAAUGCCAGCGCAUACUGUUUGAUGUACAUAAAUGAUAAGGCACAAUUUUUAAUACAAGAGGAGUUUAAUAAAGAAACUGGGCAGGCUCUUGUUGGAAUAGAAACAUUACCACCAGAUUUGCGAGAUUUUGUUGAGGAAGACAAUCUGCGAUUUGAAAAAGAACUGGAAGAAUGGGAUGCACAACUUGCCCAGAAAGCUUUGCAGGAAAAACUUUUAGCAUCGCAGAAAUUGAGGGAGUCUGAGCCUUCUGUGACAACAGCACAAGCAGGAGAACCAGAAUAUCUAGAGCAGCCAUCAAGAAGUGAUUUCUCAAAGCACUUGAAAGAAGAAACUAUUCGAGUAAUUACCAAGGCAUCACAUGAGCAUGAAGAUAAAAGUCCUGAAACAGUUUUGCAGUCGAAACCUGAAAAUACCACAAGCCAACCAAUUUCUAACCAGCGAGUUCUAGAGGUGGCGAUUCCUCAUAUAGGAAAAUUUAUGAUUGAAUCAAAGGAGGGGGGUUAUGAUGAUGAGAUCAUGCUGACACCGAACAUGCAAGGUAUUAUCAUGGCGAUAGGUAAAUCCAGGAAUGUAUAUGACAGGUGUGGCCCUGAAGCAGGGUUCUUUAAGGCAAUUAAGUUGGAAUAUUCACGGUUGGUUAAGUUGGCCCAAGAAGACACCCCCCCAGAAACAGAUUAUCGUUUACAUCACGUAGUGGUCUACUUUAUCCAGAACCAGGCACCAAAGAAAAUCAUUGAGAAAACCUUGCUGGAACAAUUUGGAGAUAGAAAUUUGAGUUUUGAUGAAAGGUGUCACAAUAUAAUGAAAGUGGCUCAAGCCAAACUUGAAAUGAUAAAACCUGAAGAAGUGAAUUUGGAAGAAUAUGAGGAGUGGCAUCAGGAUUAUAGGAAAUUCAGGGAAACCACUAUGUAUCUUAUAAUUGGACUUGAAAACUUUCAGAGAGAAAGUUACAUAGAUUCGUUGCUGUUCCUCAUCUGUGCUUAUCAGAAUAACAAGGAACUAUUAUCCAAAGGCCUGUACAGAGGACAUGAUGAAGAACUGAUAUCACAUUAUAGAAGAGAAUGUUUACUAAAAUUAAAUGAGCAAGCUGCAGAACUGUUUGAAUCUGGAGAGGAUCGAGAAGUAAACCAUGGUCUGACCAUCAUGAAUGAGUUUAUUGUCCCAUUUUUGCCCUUAUUACUGGUGGAUGAAAUGGAAGAGAAGGAUAUCCUCGCUGUGGAAGAUAUGAGGAAUCGAUGGUGUUCCUACCUUGGACAAGAAAUGGAAUCAAACCUCCAAGAAAAGCUGACGGAUUUUCUGCCCAAAUUGCUUGAUUGUUCAACGGAAAUUAAAGGUUUCCACGAGCCGCCCAAGUUACCUGCAUAUUCCACGCAUGAACUCUGCGAGCGAUUUGCCCGAAUCAUGUUGUCCCUCAGUCGAACUCCUGCUGAUGGAAGAUAAACUGCACACUUUCCUUCAAUACACUGUAUAAACUUUUUUAGUUCUUAACCCUUGCCUUCCUGUCACAGGGUUUGCUUGUUGCUGCUAUAGUUUUUAACUUUUUUAUUUUAAUAACCGCAAGAGACAAGAUGAGUAUACAGACUUUAGCCAGAUGAUAGACAAUAAAGCUGAGAAUCGCAUGGCACUCAGACUUUGUUUUAACCACAACUGAUGUGUAAUUACGAAUCUAAUUGAUUUUAUGAAGGCAAAACUAUGCUUUUGCCACCUUCUGGUACAGUGUUACUUUGCUUUUAUCUUUUCUUUAUCAACAGCUUUUCAUUUAGUCUGGAUCCUUCCACAAUUACAGCCAUUUAAGUGUUCAGCACUGUGUACGAUACAUAUUUGGUAGCUUGUAAAUGAAAUUAAAGAAUAAAGUUUUAUUUAUGGCUACCUAUGUGUUUGUAAGCAGGUAUAUUGUAUAUUAGUGUUUUAUUUUAGUCAUAACAUGAAUUUUGGGGAUUAAGACGGGCGAUGAAUAGAUUAAUACCAUCUUAAUUUGUCUCUUAUGACAGCACAUAGGAAAUUUACUGAGUAUUUGACAUUUAAGUAUAUAUAUUUUUACUAAGUUGUUAAACUUGGUAUGGCACUUAAAUCUGUUUUGAAUUCAGCUAUAUUUCAUUGAAAUAAGCAGAUGAUUUUUAAGUCAAGCUACACUGAAACUUUUAACCUUUUCUUAGGUUGACCUUUUUUUUUUAUGUAUUCACAAGUAAAAUAGCAAGAUGAUUACUUCAGGUGAAACCUGAGAAAAGUACUUGAAUAAUGGCUUUUUGUGAAACUUCAGUGAAAUAUGUAUACACACUAAAUCAUACAUAUAUAUAUAUUCUUCCUGUGACAUGGAAGACAAUGUUUUGCAUUAUAUAAUCAUUCUAUUUUUGUAAAUUGUAUACCACUUUAAUUGAAAAUGUUCAUUAAUCAGUGCUGUGAAAUGAAGUUGAUAUUGUUUAAUUAGAAAUUAUGAGUAUCUUAAUUGCUUUUAUUUCUGUUACACAAAGGAAACAACUAUAGAACAUUUUGUAGAUGAAAAGUGCUCUUUAAUGAAGUUAAUAUUGUGACUGAAAAUCAAAAUCAAUGAUUUAAAAGUAAUGUUAACAACCUAUUUUUGAUUUAUAACAAUUUCUUUAUGAUACUUUGUUAGCAUAGUAAAAUAUGUCACUAUAUUUUGUAUAUGCUUGAUACAGCAUUGCCAAAACCUAGUGCUUUCUAUUAGUGCCUCUUACAAAGUUCCAGGAUGGAAGAAGAACAAAAAAUGUCCAGCUAUUAUAUGAUGUUCUUUAUAAAGGUAUUGAUGUACUGCUAAGAUAUUUGUGAAAAGGACUUGGUUGUUUUCCCGUUGUAAAGUUAAAAGUUUCAUAUUGUAGCCAUCAAGAUGUUUGGGUUUUAGGUUUUAAGUUCCCUACUGAGAAGAAUUCUACAAGGGGUUUCAAUUCCUGUUUAAAGUUUAGAAAUAUCAUAUGUAUCAUUACAACUUUUGUAAAGUAACUUCAUUGUUUUAUGAUAUUUUGCCAUAAGUGUAAAAUUGUGUUGUGUGUAUAAUUGACUGCUGAGACAGAAAGCUCUCAGAUACCAUAUGAAAUUACUGCUUUGAAAAGUUUCAUCCAAGAAUCAUGUGGCUUUUGCGAUAAAGGUAUGUAUUGUUACUGAAUUUACUUUACUUGAAAGCCAGGUUGUUCAUUCCUAAUAACUAGUCUGAACUCAUUUAGAGAAGUGAUCUCUUUAAGACCUGGGGAAACAACUUGUUUUCAUACUGGCUUUCUAAGUAGUAUUAAGACUAGGUGAGUAAAAUUUCUUUACAUAAUUAACUGGGUUAAGUAUAGUUUGUAACUAUUAAUUUAAGAAUUAGAAGCUCACAGAACUGUUGUUUAUGACAGGUUUCACUUUAGUUUCAGUAACUCUGGUUUUCACUACAUAUUGCAGGUUGAGUAUCUUAUCCAAAAUACUUGGGACCAGAAGAAGUGCUUGGGUUUUUUGUUUUGUUUUGUUUUUUCCUUGAAAGGCAGAGAGGGUGAGAGAGAAGGAAAGAGAGAUUGAUGGAUUGAUCUUCCAUUCGCUGGUUCACUCCUCAAAUGGCCACAACAGCCAUGGUUGGGCCAGACCGAAGCCAGGAACCAGGAGCUUCUUCCAUUUCCCCCAUGUGGGUAAAGGAGCCCAAGUACUUGACCAUCUUCUACUGUUUUCCCAGGGAUCUGGAUCAGAAGUGGAGCAGCCAGGUCUCAAACCUGCACCCAUAUAGGAUGCUGGCACUGCCACAGCACUAGCCCUGGUGUUUUGUUUUCUCUUUUGCAUAUAAAUAAUGAGUUGUCUGACGGAUGAGACCCAAGUCUAAACACAAAAUUUAUUUCUUAUUCACCUUAUAUGCAUAGUUUGAAGGUAAUUUUGUACAAUAUUUUUAAUAUUGUGCUUGAAACAAAGUUUCAUGGGUGGAAUUUUCCACUGGGACAUUUCAUUGCUGCUCAAAAAAUUUCAUAUUUUGGAAUAUUUUGGAUUUUUGAAAUAUGAAUACUCAAAUUAGGUUCCUUUUCUCCUCCUUUCCCUAUCCCCCACCCAAUUGCAUUUUGAAAUAAUUUGGGUUAGAGUUCAAAUAAAUUCAGCAUAAGACCUCAGGGAGCUGAUUAUCAGUAAUGGUUUAGGGAGCCCGGUGCCCAUGCAUGAACCUGUGGGGCUCUUCUAAUACUUCUCACGUUCAUUAAAAUGCAGUGAUUCUCCUACAACAUUAACUAGUUCUCCAAGUGUGGUCUCCAGAGCAGCCCUUCAGCAGCAUUCUGGAAUCAGAACUGAAAAUCCCUGAGCCCUGCUUCAGAACUACACAAUCAGAAACUUGUCAGGUGGAUUGCGUUUUAAAAGGUCCCUCAGAUGAGUGCACCAUAAACAUGCUGAUUAAUUUCCAUUCAUUUCACAUCCUUUGUUUUUGGAAGCUUUUCCAUAUUUCUCUCACUUAAAAUGGCAAGGAAAUGACCAUAUGUGUUUUUGGUUUAGUUGUAGUUUUAUUUGAGCAUAAUACUGGUUUUCUCCUGUAUCUGCUUGUUCAGAAAUUCAGUUACCUUGUCUUAUGAUUAACACUUGAUAUCAACCCUGGGUCUUGCUGAAAGUGCAGUGACUUGGAUGUUUGGGACAGUGGAUAUAUAGUGUGGAAAAAUACGUGGGAAUACUAUUUUUUGAAAGAUUUAUUUAUUUGAAAGAGUUACACAGAGAGGAGAAGUGGGGGAGGGUAGAGGGAGAGGUCUUCCAACCCCUGGUUCACUUCCCAGUUGGCAGCAAUGGCCAGAGCUGCGCCAAUCCGAAGCCAGGAGCCAGGAGUGUCCUCUAGGUCUUGCCAUUUUUUAAAUGUUUGAUUUAUUUUCCUCUACUAGAAAGGCAGAGACAUAGAGUCAGAGAUCACCAUCUGUUGAUUCACUUUCCAAAUGUUCACAAGAUCCAGGGCUGGGCCUGACUGAAGCCACUAGCCAGGACCUCCAUCUGGAGUGAGAGGCAGGUAUCCAAGUACUUGAACCAUCAUUCACUGCCUCCCAGAAUGCAUUUCCAGGAAGAGGCUAGUAGGAAGCAAGGGAGUGAAGAUUAGAACCAGCACUCCAAUUGGGAUAUGCAGGUCCCCGGUGAAGGCCAAACUCACUAUGCCACUGCCUGCCCCACCCAUUAUAAUUUUACCUAAAUUGUGCACAUGAGUUUACUAGUGAUACCAUAACAAAAUAUUAUAGAUUUGGCAUCUUUAAGAACAGACAUUUGUUUUCUCACAGUUCUGGAUAGCAGAAUAAGAUUAAGGUGCUAGCAGGAUUGGUUUCCCCCAAACCUUCUUUUCUUGGCUGUAGGCCAGUAAGACUUCAUUUACCUUUAAUUACCUCUUUAAAGACACCAUUUACAAAGACAGUCACAUGGGAGUUAGUUUCAGCAUCUGAAUUUGGGGACACAUAAUUUGUAUCAGCAGACUAGCCUCUUCACUUCCAUCCACAUUUCUGCUUUCCAUGUUUUUACUUUCAACGAUUUCAGUGUUCAACCACAGUCUGCAAAUAUUAAAUGGAAAAUUCCAGUUUAAAUUUGGUGCUGUUUGGAGCAGUUUGAUGAAAUCUUGCAGUGUCCAACUCUGUCUCCCCUGGGAUGUUACUCAUAUUCACACUCUACAAGGCUGGUAUAGACUGCCCGCCUGUUAGUUGCUUAGUGGUCAUCUUGUUCUGUCAUGGUGUUACAGUGCUGUUUGUAUUCAAGUUACCCAUAUUUUCUUUAAUAAUAGCCCCAAAGGACUGAUGCCGACAUACCAAAGAGAAGUCAUAAAGUCCUUGUUUGAAGUGAAAAAGUAAAUUUCUUACUGUGCUCAUUACAAAUUAAAUUACCAUAGAAGAAAAACAGAGUUCAGUACUGUCCACAAGCAUCAAGUGGGGAAAAGUAUCUCCUCUGGGUACAAGAGCAGUGCAGUAUGUGACUGCCUAGUAGGUUAUAAACUGGCCUUCCAGAAUGACAAUGUGAUUGUUAGCAUCUUUGCUUUAGUUUCCAGACACAGUGCCAGUUCUCUAGUUCUGCUCUUGCAUCUGCCUUUUUUUAAACUUUCAUUUAUUCUAAAAACUAUAUUAAAAUUGCAGCAAUCCUAGUUAAACAUUGAUCACAAUGCAUGUAGUCAGUUCUGUAUUUUCAUUGAACAUAUCUUUGUUGAAUGGAUGAAAAUAGUUCAUGUUGACUCAUAGUACUUGUUCAUGUGUUGACUUCAGUUUCUGCUUACAUUAUACCGUGAAUAUGUUUGUUUGCUAGUAUGUUUAUUCUAAACUGCCCCGUGACCUUUGUCUGUCCUCCACUCCAUCCACAACCUAGAGAGAUUUUUCCAUGUUUAGAUAACCUUAUGUAGCAUAUUAAUGUAAAUCAUGGUGGCCUUUCUUAGCUGAGGACAAGAAAGACCAUUGCUUUAAUGAAAAUCACCACCUGUUUUACACAUCCUUCUCUCUCUCUCUUCUCCCUGUACUUUACACUGCACUUCUUUUUCCGAUUAGUUUUGAUAGGAGUGAGUUAGAAUGAAGAAGAAAAUGUGUGCCACAACACUGAUGUUAACAAAAGUGAGUCAUGAUUUAGGGAACUUUAUACAAUUGAGUUGACUCAUGAGCGCACACACCAAAUUUUGAAAUCCCCUCAUUCAUUGCAUGUGUAGUUAUCAGUUACAAGCGCCUUUCAAACAGUUCAUGGAAAUAUGUGUAUUUUUAAAAAGUGCAUGGAUUAUGAAUGUUUUUGUAGCAAAACUUAUUUUGGCUUUCUACAGACAUUUUGAAAAAUUCUAUUUCAUACCUCUACCGCCUUCCUUCACCUCCUAUUUACUGAAAGCUCCUGGCACAAUGGAAGAUCUUUUCAUGAAAAUUGGGUGGGGAUAUGAGAUUGGAUCUUCCCUUCAACUUCCUUCUUCCCUACCUGUAAUCUUAGCUUCUUUGUAAUCAAUGAGGACAUGAUCAGGAGUGAGCAUUUUUGGGAACCCAAUAUUAUGAAGAAAAUGUAACUAAAAUCAGGCAGUGUAAAAUGAACUUACAAAAAUUAAAAUUAAUUAAAAAUACACCCGUUAUUUUUUUGGGGGGAGGGUAUAUGUUCUUUUACAGAACUAAUCCAGAAAAUCACUUUUUUUAACUGUUUACUAGCCAAAAGCCUGUACAACAAGUUUGUUAGCAAAUUAUUCUUUUGCUUUUUGAGUAAUCGAGAGUUUGACCCAUAUUCUUUACCGGGUUGUGCAUCCAAAGCAUAUGAGGAGCUUCACAAAGAAAUACUUAGGUAUGUUUUUUUUUCAGAUGUCUUUUUAAAAAAUAUGGUUUGAGAACAUUUGGUUUAGUUGUUCCUCCAAUUUUAAGAAACUGAGCCUCACUAAUGUAGCAUGGAGGAUUUGCCUUUUGCAUUAUUGUGAGUCACAUGAGAAGUUAGAGGGCUUACCUUUGCUUAUAAUUACAUUUCCUUAGCUAUAGAUAAUGCUCAUUUUGUCAUGUUCUCCAACGAAAGCUGCUGCGAAUAUUUCAGUCUUUUUCUUCUGAAUGGUUGAGAGUUCAGUCUGUGAAGCCAGACUUCCUGGGCUCAUAUGCUGGCUCUGCUGCCUACUCCGUGUGAUUCACUUGAGUGAGAGAUUUAACUUGUUUUGUGCUUCAGUUUUUUCAUCUACCUUAGAGGAUCCUUUUAAAGAUUAUAUAGACUUCUAUGUAGAACACUUAAAAAGACCUGCCACACAAUGAUGUUCAAUAAUUGUUAGCGUUUUCACAGUUACUGUUUAUUACCCCCACUUCUGGUUUUCAGGAUCUUGGACCUCCUCAGGCCUCUCCGGUCUACUUUCACAGUCACCUGCAUUCUUGUUUCCUUCUUUGUAAAUCUCUAAUAUUGUCUUUGAUAUGGUGCUUAGCCCCACUUGUCCCUCUCCUCGCCUUCUGGAUGAUUGUGCUUUCCUAGUGUGUCCACCUGACUGAUGAGUCCACGUUGUCUGACCAACCUCCUCUGUGAAUUCUAGACCCUUAGAUAAUUCCUGUUGUCUGUUCCACCUAGGCAUCUGGGUGUUUCCCAGCACUUGGGGCUUUGUACAUUCAACCUAAUCACUUUUCCCCAAAGCUGGUUUUCUUAUAUUCCAUUAGUAGGAUUAAGAAUCCAGAAAUGAGGAGUUAUUUUCAACUUUACUUUUUUUUUUAACUUUUAUUUAAUGAAUAUAAAUUUCCAAAGUACGGCUUAUGGAUUACAAUGGCGUCCCCCCAAUAACGUCCCUCCCACCUGCAUCCCUCCCCUUUCCCACUCCCUCUCCCCUUCCAUUCACAUCAAGAUUCAUUUUCGAAUCUCUUUAUAUACAGAUCAAUUUAGCAUACAUUAAGUAAAGAUUUCAACAGUUUGCUCCCACACAAACAUAAAGUGAAAAAUAAUAGAUGAUUUUUUAAAUGAUGAUGAAAUCAGAACAGACCUAUUGUCAUGUUUAAUCCCAGUGUCAACUUUACUUUUUAAUACCUUUCCUCACUACUGUGGUUGAAGAGUUCUCAUCACUCGAUUUAGGCUACAGCGUUUGUCCUCGAGUAACCUGUCUUUGAAACAGUCUCUGUAAUCCAUAUUCCACAUUGUUGGUGUAAUAUUUUCAAAGCAGUUUUCUUUUACAUGUCUGUCUGCCAUUGCUGGACUGAAGUCCUUUAGAGAGAGGAUGCCUAUCUUGUUUUUCUAGCCCUAGUGCCUAUAACAGAAUUGGAAGUCCAUUCUUGUAGAUUCUCCUGCCAUCCAGUCAGCCUAGGCCUAUGCUGUGUAAUACAGUGAACACUAACAAUUUAAGUCCAAUUGAUAUUAAAAAUUAUUGCUUAUUCAUAUUGUUGAGUAGCCACAUGUAACUACCAUAUUACACUGGCUACUGUGUUGUCCAGCACAUGUUAAAACAUUUCCAUUAUUGCAUUGGCAAUAAUGCAUUCCAAUCCAUUGCUAGUAUGAGCAUCUUUCUGUAUUGACAUUGCUUUAACAUUCGGACACCCUCCAGAGUGUUAACCUGAACAAAUUGGACUUCAGCAUUAAUAUCUCAAUUUUUGUCAUUAACUAUUAUGUCUGCUGUUCAAAUAGGACUGCUGACAGAGUGUGUCCAAUCAGGAGACCCCACAUCAGGUAUUUCAACAGAGGAAUUAGAAGGUUGCCCAGAGACCAUCAUCAGAGGAAACAGCUAUUAGUUAUAGUGGUAGGAAUACAAAAGGGAAAAAAUUACCAGUACAGGGAGCUCCAAAAAAGAAGCAUUUAUUCACUGUUCCUGAAACCUCUGAGGUUUCCCACCUGGCUUCUCGUGGUAUUCUGAGAGAUGCUUUGGAGAUAGCUCUAGAAGUUCAGAAAGCAGUUGAAGACUAGAAUAACUGCCUUUGUUAGAUCAGCACUGAUUGCAUUAGCAAUCAAAAGCAAAGAGGUAGAUCUUGUUUCUUUCUGCUUUCCCACUUACCUGUAGUAGUUUUUACUGGCAGAGCCUAACAGGCAGCAAGGGGUCAGGGAGAUGUAGUUUGCCCAGUCCCAAACUCAUCAUGACAAAAUAGAGGAUAGAAAUGUGCACUUGGAGCUGAGAUGUGAUAGGUGACUAACACAGUAGCUUCCUUCGAAGAUUGUUUUAUGCUAAACCUAGCUGCUCAGGAGUUUAUGCAGACUGGUUUGGGGGCCUCAAAAAUAAGUGUGCCAGUUCUGAUGGAAAUUCUUUUGCUCCUAUCAACCUAGAUGUUUUAUUGAUGUUAUUUAAUACUUUAUUAUAAUCAGGAAUUUGUGUUUAUAUGUUCACAAAUUCAUUGCCUGCAAUAUGCCAUACAAUCUGUCGGAUAGUAUGUAAGUAAAAUUUAAUGACAUGUAAAUAAUCUGUACAAAUCCAUCUAUUAUCCAGAGUUAGGCACUGUUAAUAUUUUCAUGUUGAUAUCUCUGGACAUCUUUGUGUGUAUGUGCACACAUAUGCUAUUUUAAGUGAUAACCAAAAGUUCACUUUCUCUUUUUUUAGCACUUAUUUUCAUCUGUUUGAAAGGCAGAGAGAGAGCGUGAGUGAUCAAGGGAGCUUUCAUCUGCUGGUUUACUCCUCAUAUGCCUACAAUGGACACAACCUGUGCCAAGCUGAAGCCAAGAGCCCAGAACUCCAUCCGGGUCUUGAGCUGUCAUCUGCUGCCUCCCAGCAUGCACAGUAGGAAGCUGGAUGAGAAACUGAGUAGCCAGGGCUCCAACCAGCGCUCUGAUAAGGGAUGUGGCCACUGCAAGCAGUGGCUUAACCCACUUCACCACAUUGUUUUCUAGGCAUUAUUUUUUUAGUGCUUAUAUUUCAAUGUUUUAGUUCCCUGUUUGUAGUUCUCAUGUAGUUAACUAGUCAUUUAUAACCUUUACACUUUUUUGUGUAGUUCAUAAAUUUGUUGUUUGGGGGGGUAUUAUUAUUCCUGUAUUACACACAUUGCUUAUGUUUUCUCUACUGUCAUUUAAGCCUCUCUAUUGGUAUCUUUUUUUUUUUUUUUUAACACAAUUGAGUCUACUGACCUGCUAAUUAAUUUCUGCCUUUGGCAUAAUGUUAAGAAAGAAUUUUCUGUGGCCAGGAUAAUAAAAAUACCCAUGUUUUCUCCUGAUACA